CCCAGACGGCUUCCCGACUGCGACUCAGUGCCUUCGGUACCGCUGUGCCCACUGCAGUAUGCCGCUGUUUCUCAGCUUUCCGCCACGAUCCCUCCGUGAGGUCCUCGCUAAGAAGAGCGCUCCGCCGGCACCGCUGUGCCCUCAGCCCGACCCUUCUCUGCCCCUCUCCCCGCACACGGCGGGCGCAGUCCCGCACCUCCGCGGCGCUAUGGAAGAAAAAGAGCGGCUGAGCCCUUCCCCGCCCCGAGAGGCGACGGUCCAGCUGGGAGAUGAAGAAGUCCGAGCGCAACGGGGCUCCGGAUGCAGUGAGCUGAGACAGAACAGGCGCCGCGUGCUCUGCGUGGCUUUGUGUGCAGUGCCGUGCAUCCUUGUUUCGGCGCUGGUGGCCGUGGUAGUGCUCCAGCGUCUGUCGUGCUCACCUCGCCCACCCUUCUCCCACGUGUGCCCCAACGCCUGGGUCGGUUUCCAAGGGAAAUGCUAUUAUUUCUCGGACACGAAGAGGGAUUGGAACAGCAGCAAGGAGCACUGCCACCGCCUCGGAGCUUCCCUGGCUACCAUAGAGACGGAGGAGGAGAUGGGAUUCAUGCUGCAGUACCAGGGCCCAGAAGACUACUGGAUUGGGCUGCACAGGGCAGAAGGGGCCGAGCACUGGACAUGGGCCGAUGGCAGCGCCUUCAGCAACUGGUUUGAGCUGCGAGGCGGAGGCCGAUGUGCGUACCUGAAUGGGGACAGGAUCAGCUCAGCCCUCUGCCACAGUGAGAAGUUCUGGGUGUGCAGCAGAGCCGACAGCUACGUCCGCUGGAGGAAGGAGUAAUACCCAGAAUGACAAAUCCCAUCCGCACCAAGCUCGUGCCAACACUACUGGUCUCUGUGAUGCCAUUGGUGUAUACUGGAACCUGCCUCUUUCCAGCACUGCUGCAGUGGUUCCUGCAUGGAUCCACACAAGUCUGCUGGUCGUUAUCUCUCCGGCACUUCAUCUGUUCCUCUGUGCCUUAAAAGGAGGGUCUUCUGAGGGUCCCUAGAGGUUGCAGCAGCAUGGAAGGAUCCCAUGGUGCUGCCCUACUGCAGCCGGACCCGAGGGCGGGGGUAUUCCUGCUCUCCUUUCGGGCUCUGUGUGACACUGCGGUGCCACCACCGUGUCACAUCGCGCUUCCAUCGCUGCCAGCCACUGUCUGACUUUGGCUCUGGGCAGUGGUGUAUGGAAUCAAACUCUUUAACCUGUGUAAGUUUAUGUAGGUUAUAAGGCUGUACCUCAUUGUGAACUGCCGAGCUUUUAAGGGGGGUGUUGCCCAAACCAGCUUGUAUUGCUGUGUUGAGCUGAGGCAUAUCUUUACUGUCCUGUCUCAACAACGGGGAAUCUCUUCUCUGUUCUUGUUGUUUGGCAUCGAGUUUCUGUGGACUUGAGCUGAUGUGUACACAGGGACCUUGUCCUUCUGCUUGUAUCCACUCAAGUUAUGUGAAAAAGGCCGUUCUCAAAAUAUGGAAAA